ACGGUUAAUCAUGACCGUUAAGCACCUCCGUACACCGCAAUACCCCCGAUAGGCCAUCCUUGGGUAGCAUUGGGAGGGGACAACUAGAGGAGACAAUAAAUAGAAACCGAGUUCAACCGGCGAUCCCAUAGAGGAGGCAGGUAUGACUCCGGAGAAUCUGGAGAUUCUCCCGGAACGGCCCGUGAGCCAGGGUAGACACGGAAAUCGCGUAUUGCGGGCGACGGCCUUGACAACCCCUGGGAUCUAUAUAUACCGGCCGCCUCCGUACCCACUUGGGAGCAGUAGCGAGAAGCACGACAAGCACAAGGCAGACCCCCUGAACCGCCCUUGGACUUCCAGGUAUACAGUACUACCGCUGAGCCCACCGAAUAAUCACGACGAGAUCUGCUAACGCGGAGCCCCGCAGCAAGCAAGGCGAAAACCCAACAACAUGAAGGCCGUCGUCGCAGCCCUGUUCAGCCUCAUCAGCCUCGCGCUGGCGCAGGGACCACCAGCGUCGUGCCCGACGGCGACGCGCACGAUCCAGAACCGCGGGUGCCGCAACGAGUGCCCGCUGAGCGACUGCGCCUUCCGGAGCACAAUCCGCAACCCAUGCGGGUGCCCGUCGACCGUGCCCACGGCGACGCUCAUUGCGCCCUGCGAGGCCGAGUGCCCGUACCAAGGGUGCGAGAUUGAAUUCCGCACCAGUGCGCUCCCCUGCGCAGCCACAAGCACCAGCACCCGUAGAUGGCCGCCGCGGCCGACGACGACGACAUCGACGUCAACUACGCCGACGGGCAUCAUCACCAGCAUCGUCACGCUGCCGCCCCGGACGAGCAGCACGCCAUGCCCAAAGAUAACGCGCACCACUAGCCCGGAGGGGUGCCCGGCCAUCCGCUGCCCCGUGCCGACCUGCCGCGCGACGUCCAGCCUCGUGAUCCCCUGCGGCUGUCAACCCUCCACGGUGCUGUACGUCAAGGGCUGCGAGACGGCAUGCCCCGACGGGUGUCUGACGCGUACCGAGACGAUUAGUAGGCUUUGUUAAUGUCGAUGGAGGAGGAUCAAUGUCGGAGGGAUGGAUGAUGAAUGGAUGGAUGGGUGUCUAGGCCCAACCGGAGGGUGCCGAUCUGCGUGACCCCACGCUCCCUGCCAAGACCUCAACCCCACCGCAACUCUCACGGCUCUGAUUGGAGAGUGUGGUGCGGGAGUGCCCCUGUGACAUCAUAUUACGACGCCUAUUGGUGGCCUCGUGGUAGCGUACGACAGCCUCCUCAACAAACGGAAGUCCACAGGGA